UGAAAGUAGAAUCCACACACAUGUUAAAAUUGUUUUGACAACUUUGCACCUGAUUUGUUUUCUUGCUUCUAAUCGAUCACAACAAUAACUCUUAAAUUAGGAACCUUUUUAAAACAAUGGAUGGUCCAUCAAAAUCGAAGCAGAGAAAAACGAGAAACGCCCAGUUGGAAGAAAUAAAUUUGAAAAACGUAUUCUCUUUAGCUCCUGGUUGUUCUACUUCUAAACUGAAGGAAUCUUGGUCCAAGCGAAAAGAUUUCAGUGAAGAUGCCACAGGUCUACAGUUGAGUCAGGAGCCAUUCUGCCAUUGCAUGGUGCCGGGGUUUUUAAGCGAAGAGAAGGACAUAGAACAACUGAAAGAUGAACUCAUGGACCUUGAGUUUGUGCCAAAAAACAAUGAUCUGUACAAAUUUAUUCAGAGUUCUGAAGAUCUGAAAACAUCAAAGUCUCCUAUGAUAUCGGCCUUUAGGAAUGCCCUAUGCACGAGAGUUCGAAUGUGGCUUACCGAGGUAACAGGAAUCCCUCUGAAUGAGACCGUGGAUGCCUUUUGUGCCAAAUACGCUCACACAGACACACUGUUAUGCCAUGAUGAUGAACUCGAGGGACGGAGAAUAGCGUACAUUUACUACAUUGUGAAUGACUGGGCGGAGGCUGAUGGUGGUGCAUUGGAUCUCUUCUCUGUUGAUGAGAAUAUCCAACCAAAAGAAGUGGUCAAGUCAAUUCUGCCAGCCAAGAACAACUUUGUCUUCUUUGAAGUAUCUCCUGGAUCUUACCAUCAGGUAGCAGAAGUUUUAAGCGAAGAUAAAACCCGCCUUUCAAUCUCAGGCUGGUUUCAUGGACCUCCAAUAGAACGACCCACUCCAUAUUUAGAGCCAACAAGGGCCCUGUUGCCUUAUGGAGACAUUGAGGAUGAAGAAUUUUUUGACUGGAUAAACCCAGUGUAUCUGAGCCCAGGGGCACAGGGCAGUAUUCAGGAGAAGUUUGAAAACGAUUCUGAGAUAGAACUGCAAGAUUUUUUGCUGAAGGAAAAGUAUGAUUUGUUAUUAGAGGCGCUAAAGUCUUCCAACAUGAAAUGGCAAUCAGCUGGUCCUGCAAACAAAAGGUGUUUUAAGGAGGCUGAUGACGCCAGCUUACCCGAUGUUGUCAGCACCUGUGUACGUCUGUUUCGUUCUGACGCCAUGUUUCUUCUCUUGUCAAACCUGACUGGUUUAAAACUGCACGAGCUUGCAGCUGCCUCAUCUUCAGACUCCGAGGGGCAGUCUGAGGAUGGGGAAGGAGCAGAGGAAGCUGACAAGGCUGGGUCAUCAAAAAGUAGCGAAAAGAAGAAAGACUUGAAAGACAAUGAAACAAAGGCUCAAGCUAACGAGACAGCUGCUUGCAAAUCAAGAUGUCGGACCUGUGUACGACACUGGGGUCACUGCUCCUACACGCUUGUACAUGACACGAACACAGAAGGCGCAGAGUUUGCCCUUGACCUUGUUCUUUAUGUCGGCUGUGCUGACUGGGACAUGGAAUAUGGAGGAUUCACAUCAUACAUCGCUAAAGGGGAGGAUGAGGAGUUGCUGACGGUCACCCCUGAGGAAAACUCGCUGGCCCUGGUGUACAGAGACCAAGAGACAUUGAAGUUUGUGAAGUACCUGAACACAGGGGUCAACAAAAUGCAACACAGAGGGUUUUAUGAUAUAUAUGCUGUUUAUUUUGAAUAAAGAAAUACCUCAUGUA